AUGUGUCCUCCAGAACAGCCCGCUAAGGCGAUGGCCCCCUCAAAGUCAAACCAGGCUGCGAAGUCGGCCGUUCCGACAAAGGAGGAGAAAUCGGCGGAUUUGGUCAUGGCAACAAACAACAGCAGUAUAGUAUCUAAACGCAGUGUCGAAAUGUUAUACUACCCAGAACCCCAUUUCUUCUGCCAUUUCGUCAAAAAGCCCCAGAGACGCGCUCCGUUAAUAAACCGCGGAUACUGGCUUCGGAUGCACGCUAUGGAGGAGUCUGUCCGGCGCUUCAUGCGAGAAUCUCCAGAUAAACCCAAAUUUGUCCUUAACCUAGGAUGUGGAUUUGAUCCUCUCCCGUUUAUCCUUCUCAGUGCAGAUCGGUCCUUGUGUAGUCAGACAACAUUCGUGGAUAUCGAUUAUGAGAAACUUAUGCUCAAUAAGAAGGCGGCGCUUCGAGAAGCGGGCGCUCUUACGCAGAUCCUGGAGGAUGUAGAGUUUGGCCCGGAUGAGAGUGCUGUGCAGAUACGCAGCGGGCAGUACGUUGCUGUGGGGUGUGAUCUCAAGAACCUGGAUAAACUAGACCGUGUGCUUAGAGCCGAGGUUCUCCCUGCGGAGUGCGCUGUCCUCUUCCUCGCUGAAGUGUCCCUCACGUACAUGGACGUCAAAUCAGCCAACGCGGUAGUUAGCUGGGCCUCUAGACUAAGUAAUGAUGCCCAAUUCUGCAUCCUAGAGCAAUACUUCCCGGACGGCCCCAGCCACCCCUUCGCAGCGACGAUGAUGGAACACUUCGGCAAGCUAGGAGCGCCCCUACACUCCAUUCACGAGUUCCCAUCCCUGUCCGACCAGGAACGCCGGUUCACAGAGGCCGGGUGGACGCAUGCUCAUGCACGAAGCCUCUGGGACCUCUGGUCAGACGACGAGUUCGUACCCGCCGUCCUGAGGACCUCGUUGGAUUCUAUCGAGUCAUUUGAUGAGUGGGAGGAGUUUGCGCUUUUUGCGUCGCAUUAUUUCCUCUUGCAUGCUUCCACGAGACCAGGGACGAAGGGAUCAAAGUCUGCUGCUGCCACAGCUGAUGUAGGUCCCAGCCGCCAGGCGGUUACUAGGUCGAAUGAGUUCAGGCUCAUCCCGAAUACUUCUUUACCGACUGGUCAGCGGAGAUUCGGUGCGUUGGUUCCUGGAGGCGAGGCGGUCAUAGGUAUUCAUUCGGGAUGGGGUCGGCAGACACGAGUCGCUGAUACUGAUGUAUACAAGACAUCGAAGGAUAACAUCGACUCUCAUGCCCGAUUCCCUUCAUCGAAUGAUAUAUCUGCACGUCUAUGCCACACAAUAACCGCUUUCAGCGAUGACGGCGACUGUCUACUUGUCGGGGGCCGGACGUCCCCCGCUUCCGCGCUCCAGGAUACCUGGGUCCGCAAGAACAAUGUGUGGCAAGCAGGUUCCAGCCUCCCCCUUGCUCGGUUCCGACACUGUGCGACGAGAGUCACACUUGGUUCUGAUCGUAGCAGCGGCAGCGUGCUUAUCUACGGCGGAAAGACCAGCGAUGGUACAACGCUUGAUACCUGGUUGCUGUGGAAUGAUAAUGGAGAGGGAUGGAGCUCAGUUACGGUUCGGACUAUGAACGACGCACCCGCACCAAAGGCCCGGUUUGGGGCAUGCUUGGCUAGUAUAGAUAGCACGAACGGUUUGCUAUUUGGUGGUAUUGGGCCCGAUGGCACAAUUCUAGAAGAUUUCUGGACUUGGAAAUUAUACGAGGAAGCUGAUGGGUCUUUGUGUAUGGAGCUGACCGACCAAACUGGGAGCCUCAGGAAUAUAGCGCUGGGUUUUGACAUUCUCCCACGCUUUGGGGCUACGGUAAGUUCCACGGCGCAAGGGUUGGUUGUAUCUGGUGGUAUCAUCCCCCGGCGGGUUGUUCCCUUCGACGGCGAGAUUCUCCUCCUCGACUCGGCGACACUGCUCGAUUGCAUCAAGAAUGGCUUACCAUUGACCACUCCCAUUCUAUCUACAAUUGGUCUUGACGCUGGUUUUACCGGACCACGGCCAUUACUGGUCGGACACGUCUCUCACGCGAUUAGCACUGAUCAAGUCCUCCUUCUAGGCGGCGGCGCUGUCUGCUUUUCCUUCGGGACAUUUUGGACGCGAGGGACCUGGAUGUUAUGUCCAGUAGGCGAACGUGCCGUUAAUGAUUGGGCACUGGUCUGUGAGAACGUGGAAAAGCCUACGAAGGCGAAAGCGGCCGCUCAGAUACCAGCGAAGACGAAAAAGCAGAAAGCGAGCAAAAAGUAUAAACCGGAGAAGUAUAAAUCCACAACCAAAGUGACGCCAAUCCGCCGCGUCACAGUUGAAUCCGCAGACGAGUUCCAGCAAAUCCUGGAAGAUGCCCAGCCUGUCAUCAUUGAGAGUGCAGAUAUCGGGCCUUGCACUGAGCUUUGGACGAAGGAGUACCUCGUCAAUACGGUUGGGAGUGAUCGCAAGGUAAUUGUCCAUGCCGCUGAAACCGAGACAAUGAGCUUCCGGACCAAGAACUUCAAGUAUGAAAGCAAGACAUUCGGAACCUUCAUGGAUGAGGUCCACGCCGGCGGCCGACAGUAUCUGCGCAGCAUCUCUGAAAAGCAGCCUGCCAAAUUACCAGCCAAUCUAGCUGCGGAUUUCCCCAGUUUGAGCAGUGACUUUCGGCUGCCGGAGGCACUAAAGACAGUUGUCGAGAAUGCCCAUAGCUCUCCGUUGAGGAUCUCGGGACCGGUUACGCUUUGGUUGCAUUAUGACGUGAUGGCAAACGUCCUCUGCCAAAUUCAAGGCGAGAAACGACUUAUCCUCUACCCGCCAAGCGACGUGCCGCACCUUGACGUUCCGGCUGGCGCGUCAAGUUCUAAUAUCAAUGUAUUCCAGAACCGCGCGGACGGAGCGAUAGCUUUGAUACCGCACACGUCGCCUCACGAGGCGCGUCUCAAGCGUGGCGAUAUUCUCUUCAUUCCUCCCUUGUGGCUGCAUACGGCCGCCCCAACAGGGAAGGUGAGCGUCGCGGUUAACGUCUUUUUUCGCAACCUGUCGCAAGGGUAUGCGCUUGGACGAGAUGUGUACGGGAACCGCGAUGUACAAGCUUAUGAGAAGGGUAGGAAAGACCUCGAGAAGUUGGUAAAGUCGUUUAGCGGCCUGCCGCCGGAUAUGGCUCGGUUCUAUCUAUUGCGGCUUGCGGAUGAAUUGCAGGAAACGGCUGAACAGUAA